UGGCAAACGCGUGAGACCCGAUCGAUCAUCCCUCGUCCCGCGAUCUCAGAGACAGCGACGGGGACGGUUCCCGUAUUCGACCUCGCAAACAUGAACGAUUGAUAGAUCAGUGGUCGUUGCCUUUGCAACCUCGACCUUCUCCGCUAGCUCCUAGAUAAUCCGUUCAUAAGUCGCUAGAAAACUCCUCAAAAUGUCUUACGUUAUCGCUGGACGAGCUAUCAAGAACGAGUACCUUGCUCUUGGUACCAUUCUCUCUACCGCUGCCAUCGCCAUGGCUUCGAGCGGUGGAAGCAAGGAGGCUCCUGCUCCCGUUGCCGAGCAGAAGAACAUCGAGACUGGCUCCAAGGAGGAGGAGGACUUCAUCAAGCAAUUCGUCGCCGAGGCCGAGAAGGAUGCCAAGCCCGCAGCGCACUAGAGCGACGGCACUCAUGUAGAGAAAGGAGCAGAACAUGCGACGUGUAUGGAAUGAAUGCAUGUCGAUCAAAAAAUGGAAAAUACAUCGAACGCCAUUGGUUUGGAAUGCGAGAUCAGUAGCAUGCGAGGCAUCUGGACACGAGGGGCGGUGUGUGGUAAGGGAUAGACGAGCCCGACCUUCUGAAAUUCACGGACGCUGCAUCGUCUCCUGUACUGCGGCCCACCUACGAUCUCGUUAUUGAGGCUUUCUUCAAUCCUUGCUGGACCACUUCAGCCAUAAAUGAGAGAGCCGCCAGAACUCUAUCAUGAUGCCCUUCGGUGGACGUGAGCGCGGCUGUAGUGGGUAGAGUUGUGUGUGCCGAGGCGUACCAAGAGCCGUGCUAUCGUCUGUAUUCAAUGGCAAAGAGAGUUUCUCCGGACCUCGAGCGGGCGG